AGAGGCAGUGACUGAUCCAGAGGCAGCCAGGGAGCUUCAUGACCGAGAGGUGAUUUGAAUCCAGCUCUCCCGAUUCUCAGUACACUCUCCUGCAUGAGGGAGGUGCACAGAGGGUGGCUUGCCCAGCUCCACCUACCUGCCUUCUGAGCUUUAUGACUGAACAAGUAUUGGAUUGCGAUUUCCCACAUCCGUGCUUUUCUCCAUGACACUGACACAACAUGGUAGGAACAGCCCUGAGAUGCGAGUGAGAUUCUGCUGGUGGAGGAGCAAUUCCCUUUAAAACGACUCGCUCCAACCCGCUUCAGCUCAGGUGCCACCAUGCUCAACAAACCGGUCCUCGUGGAGUCUCUCAUCGUGUUCGCAGUUGUGCUGUGUGUGCACAGCGUGGUGUGGGACCGCUUCUCCUGGUGCACCCUCGCCCUCGCGGUCCAGGCGUUUUACAUCCAGUUCAAGUGGGACCACCUGCUCCACCAGGGCAGCGCCGUGUUCCAGUUCCGGACGGGGGCCAACAGCGGCCUGGUCCCCGCUUGCAUGGUUGUCCCACUGCUGGGCAUCGUGCUGAAGGAGCGAUGCCGCGCAGCCGGCAUCGUGUACUUCGAGCGCUUUGGCACCAUGGUGGCCUCCACGGGCAUGGCGAUCGCCCUCUUCCUCUCUGUGAUCGCGCUCGGGGUUACGAAGCCGGUGCCCACAAACACCUGCCUGCUCUCCGGUGUCGCGGGCAGCCUCAUCGUCUACACCAUGAAGCAUUCCCUGACGGUGGCGGAAGUGAUUGAGGUCCUCGAGGUGCUGCUCAUCUUUGUCUACCUCAGCAUGGCCCUGCUGUACCUGCUGCCCCGGUGCUUCUCCCCCGGGGAGGCCCUGCUCGUCCUUACCGGGAUAAGCUUUAUGCUCAACCAGCUCAUCAAACGUUCUCUGAACCUGAGUGAGAGCAGAGGGGACCCAAUCGACUUCUUCCUGCUCGUGGUGGUGGUGGGAGUGGUCCUCCUGGGGAUCUUCUUUGCCGUGCUUUUUUUCUUCAUGGAUUCUGGGACCUGGAUUUCUUCUGUGUUUUUCCAUAUGAUGACUGCGGUGCUGGGGCUGGGCGUCGUCAUGCCAUGGCUGUCCCGCCUGAUCCGGGGGAAUCCCUUGCUCUGGCUCUAUCAGUUCCUUUCUCAAACAGAGACCAGAGUUUUCCUCCUGGCCUACUGGAGCCUCUUGGCUGCCUCGGCAUGCACCGUGGUUUUCUAUCAAAAUUCCAAGCGGGCCUCUGGCUCUAAAAAACACCAAGCCUCAACCAUCACCAGAAAGUACUUCCAUUUCAUCGUGGUGGCAACAUACAUUCCAGGACUGAUCUGUGACCACCAGCUGCUCUACGUGGCCGCUGUGGUGUGCCUGGCAGUCUUUAUCCUGCUUGAGUACAUCCGAUACUUUACCAUCAAACCUUUUGGACACACCCUCAGGAACUUGCUCUCCCUCUUUUUGGAUGAGCGAGACAGCGGGCCUUUGAUCUUGACUCAUAUCUACCUUCUCCUCGGCAUGUCCCUCCCGGUGUGGCUCUUCCCCAGACCUUGUGCCCCCAGGGGUGCCUUGGCUGGGGCAGGAGCUUUGGUUCCCUACUCGGGAGUUCUGGCUGUAGGGGUCGGGGAUGCAGUGGCCUCUAUUUUUGGUAGCACGGUUGGGGAAAUCAAAUGGCCUGGAACCAAGAAAACCUUUGAAGGCACCAUGACAUCCAUCUUCGCACAGAUCAUUACUGUAGCCGUAAUUCUGAUCUUUGACAGCACUGUGGAUCUGAAUGCCAGCUACUCCUGGAUUUUGGCUUGCAUUAGCUUGGUUUCCCUGUUGGAAGCCUACACAAGCCAAGUGGAUAAUUUACUUCUGCCUCUCUACCUCCAGAUCCUGCUAAUGAUUUAGGGAACUUUUGUGGGAAUAAAGGUACUCCUUGGUAGGUAGCGAUGGGUUAUAUUCGUAUUUGUGCUUUAUCAGAGCCAGUGUGAUCAAAGUGAUAACCAUGGCUGUUAAGAUGUGAAAUGGAUAACCAUGUCCAAAUUAUUAUUUAAAAGUGAAAUGCA